GAUUCCAUUGCACUUGCAGCCCCCCCCCACUCUCUCUCUAAAUUCUCUAUCAUCAACAUCUCUCUUCUCCGAUUAUCGGUCGAAGUACUCAUUUUUGUAUGUAUUUCAGCUCCAAGAAAGCUUCUUGGCCUCUCCAUCAAUGACUGUCAUGACUCCUGCCCCAAUCGAUCAAGAGGACGAGGAGAUGCUGGUCCCACAUUCGGAUUUGGUCGUUGAAGGUCCGCAGCCCAUGGAAGUUGUAGCACAAGCAGAGACGGGUAACACUACUGAGAAUCAGCAAGUGGAGGAACCUCAGACAUCAAGGUUCACAUGGAGGAUUGAGAACUUUUCUAGGUUGAAUACAAAGAAGCUCUACUCUGAAUUUUUUGUCGUUGGUGGUUAUAAAUGGCGUAUUCUCAUUUUUCCAAAGGGAAACAACGUCGACCAUUUGUCCAUGUAUUUAGAUGUUGCAGAUUCUGCAAAUUUACCAUAUGGGUGGUGUAGAUAUGCACAAUUCAGCUUGGCUGUGGUUAAUCAAAUUCAUAACAAGUACUCUGUGAGAAAAGAGACACAACACCAGUUCAAUGCCCGAGAAAGUGAUUGGGGUUUCACAUCUUUUAUGCCUCUUGGUGAACUGUAUGAUCCUGGCAAAGGUUAUCUCGUGAAUGAUACAUGUAUAAUUGAAGCCGAGGUUGCUGUUCGUAGGGUGGUUGAUUACUGGACAUAUGACUCAAAGAAGGAAACUGGUUUUGUUGGAUUGAAAAACCAAGGAGCGACUUGUUACAUGAACUCUCUCCUCCAGACCCUUUAUCAUAUUCCUUACUUCAGGAAGGCUGUGUAUCAUAUGCCCACAACUGAGAAUGAUAUACCAUCUGCAAGCAUCCCUCUGGCUCUGCAGAGUUUAUUUUACAAACUCCAGUACAGUGAUAGCAGUGUUGCAACAAAAGAGCUUACGAAAUCCUUCGGAUGGGACACAUAUGACUCUUUCAUGCAGCAUGAUGUGCAAGAACUUAAUAGGGUUCUAUGCGAAAAGCUUGAAGACAAAAUGAAAGGAACUGUUGUGGAGGGUACCAUACAGCAGUUAUUCGAAGGGCACCAUAUGAACUACAUAGAAUGCAUCAAUGUAGACUUUAAAUCUACUAGAAAGGAGUCAUUUUAUGAUCUUCAGCUUGAUGUCAAAGGUUGCCGUGAUGUUUAUGCAUCCUUUGAUAAGUAUGUUGAGGUUGAGCGUCUUGAAGGUGAUAACAAAUAUCAGGCUGAACAAUAUGGUUUGCAGGAUGCUAAAAAGGGUGUCUUGUUCAUUGACUUCCCUCCUGUCCUUCAACUUCAGCUGAAGCGGUUUGAAUAUGAUUUCAUGGGGACAACUAUGGUGAAGAUUAAUGACCGUUAUGAGUUCCCUCUGCAACUUGAUCUUGAUCGAGAGAAUGGAAAAUACUUGUCACCCGAAGCCAAUAAGAGCGUUCGAAACCUUUACACACUUCACAGUGUUUUAGUCCACAGCGGUGGGGUGCACGGUGGUCAUUAUUAUGCCUUUAUAAGGCCAACUCUUUCUGAUCAGUGGUAUAAAUUUGAUGAUGAACGGGUGACAAAAGAAGAUGUGAAGAGGGCUUUGGAGGAGCAGUAUGGUGGCGAAGAAGAGCUACCUCAGACCAACCCUGGAUUCAAUAAUACUCCCUUUAAAUUCACAAAGUACUCAAAUGCAUACAUGUUGGUGUAUAUACGUGAAAGUGACAAGGAGAAAAUAAUUUGUAACGUGGAUGAGAAGGACAUUGCUGAACAUCUUAGGGAAAGGUUGAAGAGAGAGCAAGAAGAAAAAGAGAUCAAGAAAAAAGAAAAAGCUGAGGCUCAUCUUUAUACUAUUAUAAAGGUUGCACGUGAUGAAGACCUUGUAGAGCAGAUCGGAAGGGAUAUAUAUUUUGAUCUUGUGGAUCAUGACAAAGUUAGGAGUUUCCGUAUUCAGAAGCAGAUGCCUUUUAACCUUUUCAAGGAGGAGGUUGCUAAAGAGUUUGGCAUACCUGUGCAAGUUCAGCGUUUUUGGCUGUGGGCAAAGCGUCAAAACCAUACAUACCGUCCCAAUCGACCUUUAACACAUAUAGAGGAAACACAGACAGUUGGACACUUGAGGGAGGUAUCCAAUAAGGUUCACAAUGCAGAACUAAAGUUGUUCUUAGAAGUGGACCUUGGAGCGGAUUUACGCCCUAUUCCUCCUCCUGACAAGACAAAAGAUGAUAUUUUACUUUUUUUCAAGCUUUAUGAUCCCGAGAAAAAAGAGUUAUGUUAUGUUGGAAGACUUUUUGUGAAGGCUAUGGGUCAGCCAACAGAAAUCGUAACGAAACUAAAUGAAAUGGCUGGUUAUGCUCCUGAUGAAGAGAUUGACCUUUACGAGGAGAUAAAGUUUGAGCCCCAUGUCAUGUGUGAACCCAUUGACAAGAAAUUCACAUUUCGUUCUAGCCAGCUUGAAGAUGGGGAUAUUGUUUGUUUUCAAAAGUCUGUUCCAGUUGAAAAUGGUGAUCAGUUCCGCUAUCUAGAUGUUCCUUCAUUUUUGGAAUAUGUGCACAAUCGCCAGGUUGUUCACUUUCGAGCCCUGGAAAAGCCUAAGGAGGAUGAUUUCUGUCUAGAGUUGUCAAAGCUUCAUACAUAUGAUGAUGUUGUGGAACAAGUAGCUCACCAGCUUAAUGUGGAUGAUCCAUCUAAAAUUAGGCUUACGUCUCAUAAUUGUUACUCUCAGCAACCCAAACCACAGCCUAUUAAGUACCGGGGGGUGGAUCAUUUGUCAGAUAUGCCGGUCCACUACAAUCAGACUUCUGAUAUAUUGUACUAUGAAGUAUUGGACAUACCUCUGCCAGAAUUGCAAGGUUUGAAAACGCUUAAAGUAGCGUUUCACCAUGCUACAAAAGAUGAAGUGUCCAUUCACACUAUUAGACUGCCAAAACAAAGCACUGUGGGUGAUGUUAUUGAUGAACUUAAGACAAAGGUUGAGUUAUCUAAUCCAAAUGCAGAACUCAGAUUGCUCGAAGUUUUCUACCACAAGAUUUAUAAGUUUUUUCCUGCCAAUGAAAAGAUAGAGAACAUAAAUGAUCAGUAUUGGACAUUACGAGCAGAAGAGAUUCCAGAAGAAGAGAAAAAUCUUGGUCCUCAUGAUCGCUUGAUUCAUGUGUACCAUUUCACAAAAGAGACGGCCCAGAAUCAGAUGCAGCAGAUUCAGAAUUUUGGGGAACCUUUUUUCUUGGUCAUCCAUGAAGGUGAGACUUUAGGUGAGGUCAAAGUGCGAAUACAGAAGAAAUUGCAGGUUCCGGAUGAGGAGUUUGCUAAGUGGAAAUUUGCAUUUCUUUCACUGGGUCGACCAGAGUAUCUUCAUGACACUGACAUAGUCUCCAGUCGGUUUCAGAGAAGAGAUGUUUAUGGUGCUUGGGAGCAGUAUCUGGGAUUGGAGCACUCUGACAAUGCUCCUAAAAGGGCUUAUGCAGCUAAUCAGAAUCGUCACACAUUUGAGAAGCCAGUGAAAAUCUACAACUAGGGUGAAGGUAUUGGCAUUGCAUUUGCUGAUCUUGUUAUCACCGAAGCCAUUUGUUGCUGUACAAAUGAAGAGAGAGUAGUGUGGAGAAGAAAACACAUUUUGGAAAUGUGCCAAAAUCAAGUUUAUAGGAAUGUAAUUCUUCUGAGUGGGUGGGGAUGAGUUUUUGCAAAUGCACCGUGUAUCUUGUAUCGAACAACCCCCUUCAACAAAGUUCCCUAUGUGGGUAAUUAUUAUUGGUCAGCGGCCUUUCCAUCUUCAGUUGUAUUCCGGCAGUACAUAAACGAGAUUUUGGACUAGUGUUUGUAUGUAUACAGGGUAUAGUUGGGCGUUUUGUCAUUUUCCUCCUCCAUAUGUUCAGGAAAUGGGGUUUGUUUGUUUGUUAAUGUUGUUUUACCCUCUUUCUGGGCA